AUGGUGGUUGAAAAUGUUGUGAUAAUAGGUAGUGGUCCUGCCGCAUACACAGCUGCAUUAUUUACUAUAGACUACAAGCCUUUACUCUUUGAAGGUGAAGUAGUUGGUGGCAUCGGCCCUGGUGGCCAGCUCACCACAACUACAGCAGUAGAUAACUAUCCAGGAUUUCCACAUGGAACGCAGGGUCCUAAACUAAUGGACGACAUGAAAGCCCAAGCAGUAAGUAAGGGUCUUAGAGUUAUUUCCAGUACAGUAACCAAAUUGGAAAGGCAUGGUGAAAAUUUUAUUGUUUAUACUUUAAAUUCAAAAUAUGAGGCCAAGGGUGUUAUAUUAGCAACAGGUGCGUCUGCACGACGAUUGUAUGUCCCAGGCACGAAGGAAGGAGAGUUCUGGCAAAAGGGGUAUUAG